CCAGAGGAAUUGAUUAAAUAUGGCGCGGAUAAAUAUUUAAAGUUAGUUAAAUGUUAGUCUUCGUUAUGGAUGUGUGUGAAAGUUUUAAUAAAAAUCCUUUGAUGGAUCCAAACUGGGCGCCGCCAUUUAUGAAACAGCGUCGCAUGGAUUGGCGCAAUGAAGUUUAUCAGAAUAAGCGAAAUAAUAAACAGGAGUUUACUUUCGCUGAUCGAUUUAUACCAAAGCGCUUCAAGCCAGAAGCGAUCAAUUAUAAUCUCAAAUACGUGGGCAAAACUAAAGAGCAGGAUCUCUUGAAAAUGAGUCUCACACACAAAUCAAGCUAUUGGCGCCAGAGCAACUUUGUUGCGAACAUGAAUAAAGCAUUCCAUAUUGAAGAGAAUCGUUUGCUGCAGUUCAGCGAUGUGCAGUGCAAAUACUCCCGGACGGGCAGACAGAAGGUGGACAGCGAUUGGUUCUGCAAGCCAAGAGCCCGACCAGUUGCUUUUGCCACAACCACAAAUGAAAUGCCCGAGCUGUGCACAUCAUUUGAUCUCAACAUGAUGGAUUGGUCAAUCAAUGAUCAGAUGGCUCUAUCAAUUGACGAAAAUCUAAUCAUCUGGCGAAAUCGCGAUGAUACGAGCAUGUUCUUUAAGGUCGAACGCACGAGUUCAUUGAAAUAUUCACCAAAUGGCAAAUAUUUAGCCAUCGGCUGCAAGGAUGACAAAAAUCCAGUUUUAGAGAUUUGGCUACUGCAAUCGCCAAAGCAAUUUUUGAUUGCCAAUGGCAAAUAUUUGCCUCGAUCUUUCGAGUCGAUUUGCUGCAUUGAAUGGAGUCCGGAUGGAGAGGAGAUUCUGUGCGGUGCGAAGACCGGACAAAUUGUGGUCAUACAGUUCUCUACGAUGACCAUUGAGCGUGUGAUGAGGCAGCAUACGCAGGGGAUUUGCUGCAUGCGCUUCUCACCGAUGAGACGCUACUUGGCCACAGCCGAUAUCCAGGGUCAAAUCUAUAUAUUCGAUGGCAUGACAUACAAGGUGAUAAUGCGUCUGGGCGCGAAGCAGGGCGGCAUUGUCUUCGACUGGCAUCCAUGGCAGGCCGUCGAACUGGCCAUUUCUGAAAAGAAACUUUCAUCCAUUUAUAUAUUCAAUGUGCCGCGACGUGAAAUUGUUUCGUUUUACCAGCGUGGCGACGAUAAGAUCUUAAUCAAUUCAAUUACGUUUAGCAAGAUCACGGGCGAGUUGCUGGUCAAUAUCUAUAAAUGCGAUGAAAACGGUUGUCCGUGCUGCGAGAUCUUUGUGCUGUCCUCGCUGAAUCGAGUCGUGGAUAUAUUGACCCAUCAGAGCAGAGGCGUGGUCUUCAUGAUGUGGAGCCCUGACGGCACCAAGCUCGCCGCUGCUGGCAUGGAUGAAUCCUUUUCGAUAUGGGAGUUCUAUCCCAGCGGUAAAUUGGAUUCAUUGAACAAGAAGCAAACGCGCAAGUUACAAAAGCGCAGCGUUCUGGAACUUUAUGGGCCGAUAAGAUAAGUGUUUAUAUGUUUUUAAAUGUCGAAU